AUGGCGCUUAACAUGCUGAAGCUGGAGUACAAGAGCUAUUGGACCAAGUACUCCAACAACAACCAGCCAGAGCGCCCACCUCCUGAGGAUAAGUUAUUCCCAUCAACCAGUUCAUCCUCGAUCGAACCCGAGUCUGAUGUAGAAGAUGACGACGACGACCAGGAUGACCAGCCCAAGCUCAUGGACAUCAAUAAGCUUCCCUCAGAGUUGAGAAGGUUCUUGCUCCAUCCUCGCAUCCCUAGCAGUGUCAACACUCUGUCGUGGUGGGCCGUCAACUCUGUUACCUUUCCCCUAAUUUCAAAGAUAGCUCGUGACUAUCUUGGUGCGCAAGGUGCCACGACUUUCCUCGAGACUUCGUUCUCAGACCUGAACGACAUUAUCACACCCAAUACUGCCAGUCUCUCGGACUCCAGUGUGACCAUCAAGUUCGUCACCAAAUACUAUAUGAACUAUAUUAACAAUCGUAAAUAA